CGCGGUGAAGGCGUCCCGUUGAGGCGGGCGGUGCGCAGGCGCGGCCCCGCUGACCCCGGAAGUGCUCAGGCGGCUGGGUGACACGUCGCAGGCGCCGCGGCGGCAGGAAACCUGCGAUGUCUGGGUUCGACAGCUUCAACACAGACUUCUUCCAGACGAGCUACAGCAUUGAUGACCAGACACAGCCCUAUGACUACAGCGGAAGACCGUACAGCAAGCAGUAUGGAGGCUAUGAAUACUCUCAACAAAGCGGAUUUGUCCCUCCAGACAUGAUGCAGCAGCAGCAGCCUUACACAGGGCAGAUUUACCAGCCAACACAGACGUACACUCCAACUUCAGCACAGUCUUUUUAUGGAAGUAACUUUGAGGAUGAGCCUCCUCUAUUAGAAGAAUUGGGGAUCAAUUUUGACCACAUCUGGCAGAAGACACUAACAGUGCUACACCCGUUAAAAGUAGCAGAUGGCAGCAUCAUGAACGAGACCGAUUUGGCUGGACCAAUGGUCUUCUGUCUAGCUUUUGGAGCCACAUUAUUACUGGCUGGUAAAAUUCAGUUCGGUUACGUGUAUGGAAUAAGUGCAAUCGGAUGUUUAGGGAUGUUUUGUCUCCUGAACUUAAUGAGCAUGACGGGCGUCUCCUUCGGCUGCGUCACCAGUGUCCUUGGAUACUGUCUUCUUCCUAUGAUCCUACUUUCCACUUUCGCAAUUAUAUUUUCGUUGCAGGGAAUGAUGGGGAUUAUUCUCACGGCUGGAAUCGUUGGCUGGUGCAGCUUUUCUGCUUCCAAAAUCUUUAUUUCUGCCUUAGCAAUGGAAGGACAACAACUUCUAGUAGCAUACCCCUGUGCUUUGUUGUACGGAGUCUUUGCUCUCAUUUCUGUGUUUUGAACAGACUGUCCAAACUGUUGGACUCCAGUGGGCCAAAAUGAAAACAUCGACUUGGAACGCUUGGUUGGACCAGAAACAGCUGCAAACAACUGUAGAGGGUUGCUAUCACAAAACUUAGACCUGUUUUGAAUCAUCUGGAACAAUUAAAACAAAUGUCUCAUGUUCACUUUUUUAGGACUUUGAAUACUGUUUUCAAUUGACCUGAGGUGUCUAUAGCUUUAAUAAGUGUUCAUGCUUAUCAUGUUAAUGUAAUUUCUUUCCCAUUCCAAGAUCUUUAGAAAAGUAACUUUUGGUUGUUUAUUUGAGGGUUGGGGAUUUUGUCGUGUUUUUUUUUUUUUUUUAAGGGGAGGGAGGGAGAAGGAUUACAGUUAUAAAUUGGUAGAUUUUUAUCAGCGAAAGUUAACAGAACUGCAGAUGCUCUAGAUUUGGGCUACUCUUAAGAGAAGUCUGCAGUAAUAAAGAGCCCAUUUCCUGGCCCCUCUGACCAAAAGCAAAAUGCAUAAAUGAACACAAGCAAUUAGAGUAUUUUCUAUCUUUUAACAAAUAUACUUCUAAGCCCUUUGGUCUUGCUUAUUUGUUCAUUUGAUGUGAUAGUAUUUCAGGAUUUAAGACACUUAAAGUCUGAGUUAGAAAACAGAUGCUUAAAAGUUAAAGGGAUCUGUAAUUCUGUCACACUUGAAAUAUGAAUACAUUUGGGCAUCUAAGUAGCUAUAUGUUAACUUGGAUUUCUGAAGAUGACUUCAGCUAGAGUUUCUCCUAAUGGUGCACAUACUAGUAGAUGAAGAGUAAUCUCUUGCAGUACUUCCAAGAAAAACACCAUUCUGAAAAUGUUACGCUUGUCAGUAUUGUAGUUACUGUACAAUAAUUUAAGGUAUAUUGAUUAAAUUUUCCUUAAAUUUUGAAAAA